CGAUGAUAAUGUAGACUAAGAUACAAUUUACUAAAAAUACAUAUGCAAUAAUUCCAAAGUCACUGAGCGGGCUAUCCAGCCAGAGAGAAUUAUGAUUGUGGAAGUGAUGGGUGGUGUGUUAAGCAGUACUCUCAAACCGAAGCCAGCAGACAUGCCACCAACAACAGUAUUGACUAUCCAAGGACGAUCGAUCCUGUCAUCAUCGAGAGAAGUGUAAACAUUCCACACUGCCUUCCUGUUAUCGUCUGUGAGGUGCAUACCUGUAAGGAAGUUGUCCGGGACAUUGCUAACUGUACUGCUAGAUUGAGGCACAGGAUCGGCGAUGAUGAGCAAAAGAAGGAGGAACAACUUUGCAAAGCUCGAGUAAAAUAUGGCUAAACUAAUCUGAAGAUUACUGACGGAACGAACUGUGAGGAUCCUCACGGCGAAUAUGACAGCAAUAUGAUAGCUCAAGGCAUCCAAAGUAGCUGCUAUAAGCAACUUCAUAAAGCUCAUCCCAUCCGCUCUAAAGUGUACCCAGCUGACAAAAGCGUCUGCGAUGACGAGAAUACCACCUAACUUGACCAAGUGAGUCGUAGUAUUGACAUUAUUAUGCCUAUAUCCCGGGUUAAGGGAUCUAAAACGUUCAGAUUGCGCCGGUUCAGCUCUACGAUUAUAUAGAAGGUGACGGAGAACCUGGGGUUUAAGCAAUACUAAAUCUGAGAGCAGGGAUAGAUUCCUACUGCCAAUAUAAACAUCUGAGAGAUUAGAACAGGCUGGGCAGAGUUCGAUACGUGAAUCAGUGAAUGAAUAGAUAGUCGCUACGUUUUCUAAAUACUGUCUACAGUUUACGCAAAUUGGCAUUUCACUCUUUAACUUCCGCCAUGAGUGUCCAAAAUGACGAGGCGUUGCAGAAGGUUCUUAUAAGCAUGCAACAACAGGCGGUCAACGCAGAGAAAGCUCUGCGAUCAGUCAAACUCCAAUUGACGUCCCGGACGCGUGAGAAGCGUCUGAUUGAACUCACAAGAGCAGAAUUGCAGACUGUACCAGAUGACGGCAGAGGUGGGCUCUACAAUGGUGUUGGCAAGAUGUUCAUGGCUGUCGAGAGGCCGACAUUGAUGGACGAUCUUUCUAAACAGGAGAGAAGCAUAUCUGAAGACAUAGUCGCACUCGAGAAGAAAGGGAAAUACAUGCAGAAGGAAUUAGAGAGUGCGACAGCAAACCUGAAGGAUGUAUUCCAAUCUAGAUCAUGAAUCAAACGUUUUAGUUCUUUACAGCUGCGAUUGCUUCAACUUCUACCAAAACAUCCUUUGGCAGACGAGCGACUUCGAAGCAACUUCUAGCUGGCUUGUGUGGUGCGAAUGCACCCUCGUAGACCUUGUUGAAAGCAACGAAAUCCUCCAUGUUCUUGAGAAGACAUGUUGUCUUCAUGACAUCCUGCAUCGAUGAGCCGGAUGCUUCUAAGACAUUCUUGAGGUUCUUGAGUACUUGUGUAGCUUGUGGUUCGAUGCUGCCCUCACCGACGAUAGUCAUCGAUUGUGGAUCCAAUGGGAUACAGCCUGAGGCAUAAACAACGCCGUUGUGGGUGAUAGCUUGUACGUAUGGUCCUACAGCUGAUGGUGCGUUUGGUGUUGAAGUUACUUUGAAUGAAGAGGACACUAGAGCUUCAAUCAACAACCACUCUCAC